AUGUCAUGUUUACGCAUCCUUCUCCUGGGACCGCUGUUCCUCUGCUCGGGAAUCUCCGGCUCAUUGGCGUCAUCAGCUGGAUGCAGCUGCGGUGACAGCUCGACCCACGAUUUCUCCUCCUUCAGCAGUGGCUCUGCUGAUGAGUUGGUACUCCUCAAGGACGCCGAGAUCAGUAAUGGCGUCCUCCAUCUCACUGCAGACGACUCGAGGAAUCGCAACAGGUCCGGUGCCGCGCUCCUGCCAGCUCCGGUCAUGCUCUGGUGCCAAGACCCCGAGGACGUGAAGCAAAACGCAUCCUUUAAAGCCUCCUUCACCAUGGGCAUCAUGGAAAGGAGAGGAGAUGGCGGCCUCGCGUUCGUCUUGGUUCCCUCCCUCAACAGCCCCCCACUUGACAUCCUGGGCCUCAGCAACAACCCUUCUUCCAUGGCUACCUCUUCCUCCACUAGCAGCGGCUUCGUCACCUUCACGUUCGACACGGUGAAGCAGUCCUAUGACCCUGACGGCAACCGCUCCAUCAUCAGCAUCAACGCUGGUGUCUCCGUCUCCGACGACGUUGUUGCGCGUUCGUCUCUGAAUAUCACCGUCCCAACUAAUCUGCAGGCCGCUACAAAAAACUUCACCGUGUGGAUCGAGUAUAACAAUGGUGCCGGACGACAUGACCGUGCCGUAUCAAUAUAUAUGAAUGUCCAAGGGCAAGCGAAACCGGACAAAGCCGCCAUUGAUGUGGCCCUCAACCUUAGUGACCACCUCCCGCAGAGAGCCUUUGUUGGUUUAUUGGCUUGGACAGACGUGAGCUCCGAGCUCCAAUCCGUCCUGAGCUGGAACCUGAAAGUUACUCUCCCUGGCGACGGCACAAGCAUAGAUUGGAGGGUGAUACUACCGGCAGUUUUGGGUGGGAUUGCCUUCACUGGAAUCAUGAAUCUUUUCGUUGCCGUCUUCUACUUCAACUCCAAGUACAAUAAGCUCAAGAUGGAGCUGUCAUUCAGUCAAAGUCCUUCAUCUGGUGACAUGCAUGCAUGA